AAAUUUGCGUUAUUUCCUUACAUACUGCAAAAUUGUAAAUUUCAUAUAAAAAAUGCAUCCACAGCCCUAAUUUUUUAUUAAUUGAAGAAUAAUGUGUUUGAUCUGGUAAUCAAAAUGACUGUUUCGAGGCGUAUAUUGUUUUCGAAAUAUGUUUUAUGUUUUAUGUAAAGCAAAAUAUCGAUUCUUUGCAGCAAUGCCUUUGAUAUGGGGAAAUUUCGUGUUCAAAGGAUCAAAACGAGGGCCAAAACCAGAUACUCAGAAGAGAAAAGGGGUGACUCAUCUGCAGAGCUUUUGCUGCUAAGAAAGGUGAAGGUUCCAAUAACGUAUAGAUGUUCCGUGCUCAAUUCACCAACUAGACGAAGUGUGCAACCUUUGUUUGGUGGGACUAGGUCUCAAUUUGGAAGGGAAAGCUGUUUGAAGGUUUCAUGUAGUCAAAAGGGAGAAAUCCCUGUCGUGGAUGGCAGGUGUAUGGAUGAGAUAUAUGAUACUUUGGCUGAACGUCUUCUUCCUACUGCAGCAGUAGCAUCAAAUCCUAAUUUAAAGCGUAUUGUGGGUUUAGCUGGUCCUCCUGGUGCUGGAAAGAGCACUCUAGCAUCUGAAGUAGCUUGGCGUGUCAACAAGUUAUGGCCGCAAAAAGCUUCAUCAUUUGAUUCUCAAGUUGGGCCUCCAGAUGUUGCUGCAGUUCUUCCCAUGGAUGGGUUCCAUCUUUAUCGUCAUCAGCUGGAUGCAAUGGAGGAUCCAGAGGAAGCCCACGCAAGAAGGGGAGCUCCAUGGACAUUUGAUCCCACUCGACUGCUGACAUGUCUGAAGAGACUGCGGCAUGAGGGGUCAGUUUAUGCACCAUCGUUUGAUCAUGGUGUUGGAGAUCCAGUUGAAGAUGAUAUAUUUAUCAGCCUCCAGCACAAAGUAGUGAUAGUAGAAGGAAAUUAUUUACUCUUGCAAGAAGGGGAUUGGAAGGAGGUAUCAUCUAUGUUUGAUGAGAAAUGGUUCAUUGAGGUUGACAUCGAUACAUCUAUGGAGCGAGUUGUAAAAAGACAUGUUUCAACAGGAAAGCCCCCAGAUAUUGCUAAAUGGCGGAUAGAAUACAAUGAUCGGCCCAAUGCAGAGCUCAUAAUCAAGUCAAAGAAAAAUGCUGACCUAGUAAUAAGGUCAGUGAAUUUCUGAAACCUGUUGGUGUAUCCUUCCUGUGUCUAGGAGAGAAUGAAUGUCAUGAGGUCAGUUGAACCCAAUGCCAAAUAAAAUUGAUACCCACUGUAUAGAAAUAAUGAAAAACAAAUUGAGGGAGCUAAUAAUUUUUUCUUUAUGUGAACUUAGGAUAUAUGUGUAUAUAUGUCAAAUUUAUUUAUUGGGGGUUUGCUUUUUAUUCAAUGGAAAACAGUUCCAUAGAGGAAAAUUUUUAAGUUGGUGUUAAGGGGAUCUCUUUGUUCCUUAAAGGGAGGGAUAGAACUUCAGAAUCUAAUCCCCUUGUUUCCCUAGUUUAGCUUAUUAGCAUUUAAUUUUGGUUCUGUAGUUUCCUUUGCCAUUGAACCUUAAACUGAAAUUAAGGUCAUUUAAGUUCUCUCGAAAAAGUAUUUCCAAAAUACUAACAAAACGAUACCUUAAUUAUUUAAGAAAGGAAGCAUACAGGAAAUAAACAGCAAGAAGAAGUUCAUCCCUAAAUCAAUGCAAGCAAGGUUAGGAUAGGAAGAAGAAAGAAACAUGCUUAGGUUACAGUUUCUUCAGUGGCAUCAGACACUUUAGCUAAGAAGUCCACUUUCCCCUUUCCUACCUAUGCACCCACCUGAAGCUAGAAACCACCUCUGCAGAAAUAUCUAUCCUCGUGCAUCAUAUGAAAA